AUGGUCACCCGGCGGCGGGGAGACCACCCGGAGAGCUUCCGGGGCGCGGGGCUGCUCCAGGCCCUGCAGGAGGCGUCCCCCUGCUGGCCCCGGCCCGCGGCUGUGCACCGGCAGCCGUCGGCGCAGCCGCGCAGCCCCGAGGGCGACUUCGUCAUCGUGCCAAUGCCGCCCGACGGCCCGAACGGGGGCAGCCCGCGAGGCCGGGGCGGAGCUGGCGGCCGCGGGGCAGAGGCGGGCAGGCUCUGUGGCGCUGCUGGUGUGCGACGUGGCGGGCGGGCACCUGCCCGGCGGCCUGGGCCAGCCGUGCGGGGUGGAGGUGGUGCUCAGCUUCGGGGAGGCGUGGACACGCACGCCGUGCCAGGAUCGGACACGCAGAAGCGGGUGGAGCGCCUCGCGCAGAAGGACUACUCCGCCGCCGAGAUCGCGGAGGCGUUGGGCGAGGAGGUAGCGGAUGUCGCCCGCUCCUUGCGGAAGAGCAACCACAAUCUGCGCGUGCAGCACAAGCUGUUCUUGCACCUUCGGCCAUCGGACUUUACGGAUUCCUGGCGGAUUCGUUUCUCCAUCGUGUCGGCGAGUAGAGGCAGAAAGGUCCUGGCGGAGGGCAGUUUCCCCCUCUCCGCCUUACUGGAGUCGAGCACGGGCAAGCAGGACGGCGAGGUUGUGUGCAGCUCCGUGGACGGCCACGAAGUGAAGCUCGACGUGGAACUGGGACUGCUUGUCCUCAUCCCGCGCACUGAGGAGGGUGCCGACCAGCAGUGCUCUCCGGGGACAGACGAAUCUGUGUUUCUAGAUGGCCAUCGGGGUGCCCCGAGCAUGCUCAAGCGGCAGACGACGCGCGCUCUGGGGAGCAUCAGCAAGAAAAGCUUCGAGACCUGCUGCAUGAGGGCCCUGCGGUCGCCAUCGGCGAUGACGACGGCGGGUCCGAGGGCGACGGCAUCACCCGCGGGACCCCUGCCCGUCAUUGUCGGCCGCACUCGCAGCCAGGCGGUUUGA